CCUGUGUGGUGAUCACGUGACAGACGCUCUCCCUAGAGAACACUUCCGGUAACGUUUCCUGUGUUUGUAAACUGAAAAAAUUGUCCGACAAGAAAAUAUUGGGCUACUGUAAAAGAAGAAGAGUAAGGCUUGGGCCCCUGAUGAUUGGGGCUUGUGUGGUCUCUAAACAUUCUCCCUGCCCAGAGCGAAGCUCUCUGUACCCCAACACACACACACACACUCACCACAGCGAUGUCACACCUUUCCAACAGCUCAGUGCGAGAUCACAUGAAGUGGGCUGGGUUGCUGGGCUGUGAAGCGGUGCUGUCCAGCAUGGCACUCAUGCAGGCUGGCUCCAUGUCCAGUCAAAAGAAGAUGGGCUCUCAUCUGGGCCAGGGACAGAGAGAAAACAAUCACAGCCACAAUCACAGCCAGAACCACAACCAGGACAGCCACAGCCAACAUGGACACAUGGUGCUGCCCUCAGGAGUCAGCUGCCCACCACUUGUAAGUGGAAAAAGACAUGGAUUACAUUGUGAAAGACUCAUCCGCAAGGACGGAGAUUUUCACUCAUCCAGGCUCCUGGAUGAAAAAAACAUGCAGGCCAGACAGAACGUGCAGCCAAAGAAGAAGAACAGGAAGUCUGGACUUCCCACCAAAAUGAGAGAAAAGCCCCAGGUGGAAGUUCCUGAGGUUAAUGACGAUAACUCACUCAGCUCUCAAGUGCAGAAGAAUUUCAUAUGUGAGCACUGUUACAGCGCUUUCCGCAGUAGUUACCAUCUCAAACGGCACAUUCUCACCCAUACGGGGGAAAAGCCAUUCGGCUGUGAUAUGUGUGACAUGAGGUUUAUUCAGCGCUACCACCUGGAGAGACAUAAGCGUGUUCACAGCGGUGAGAAGCCUUAUCAGUGUGACCGCUGCCAACAGAACUUUUCCAGAACCGACCGGUUACUACGGCAUCGACGUUUGUGUGCCGUGGGCAUCCCUAAAGAGGAGAACCAGCCGUGCUGUGAGGGACGGCCAUAUUCUCAGGACCCCUCCCAGCACACGGCGUCCUGGAGCCCACUGCAGACAAACAACAGCAGGCUGGCGGUGUGACAGCCUUCCGAUCGCUCGUACAAACCUCUUUCCAGCAAACACAAUGGACUCGCUGUGGCCAACACGACCUGAACGGGGUUUGAACCUGUAAACUGUUUAAAGACUAUAAUGCGUCCAGCUCUGAUCCAAGCGGCUCAACCCCAGUGGACUCUUUAAUACUGGUUAGACUCUGGGAAAUAGCAUAUUUUGUAUUUUAGAUGGUACUAUGAUCAGCAGGCGGGUUAGUUGUGCAUUCAGUCCAGGCAAUAAUGACUUCUGGUAGUUUAGAAUCACUUCCUUUUGUAGUUCCCUUGGAGGACUGUAGAUUGUUACAGUAUUAACCUGUGAACAACUUGAGCCGUAGCACGUGGCUUUUUCGAUCAGAGAAGUUAGCCGUAGUGACAGUAGACACAUUCUGAUAGGAUACGUUUUCUCAGUGUGCAUCAAUUAAUCAUUUCCUAUUCACAUUAAAUACUGUGAUAACGGCUUGUGACCGUUUUACACAGGCUUUUUACGGUUUUAGCAGAAACAUCUGGAGCAUCAUCCAUCCUACAUCCACAGGAGAGCUCGUUUUUGUGGGCUACAUUAUGGUGUCAAGCUUUUGAAGUUGGCCUUUCGGUCAACAUGAACACUGACUUUUUUUGGGUAUUAGAGAAUGAAUGACAGAUUUCGUCACAGUAUAAUGUGACUCAUGCGGUAAGUCUGCUAUCAUCUCAGUUCCUCUUCUGAAGUCACUGGAUUGACUAAGCCGAGCCAAGAAUAACAAAGAAAACCUUUUUAACAGGUUGUACAGUUCAUAGAGAGACAGAUGUUUAUAUAAAAACCACUAGUUUUUCGCAGAGGUCUCCUUAUGCGUUUCAUAUUACGUCAACCUCGGCCCUUGAACACGGACUUCUGACGCAGUUGAGCUUGAGUUAAUAUAUUUUUUCAGCAUUUUAAAUAAUUUAAUUAGAAACCGUAGUAGUAUUAGACAGCAGUUUCACUGUAUUUUUUUACCUGUUUUUUGCAUGAUCCUUUCAUUAAGUGCACACCGUAAAAGGUUCUUGUAUUGUGAUUGUUUAAAAGAAUGAAAAACACUUGUUUUUGUAAGAACAUCAUUUUGAUUAAUUUGUUUGGUAUUUUUUACCAAUCUCAAACGCGAAGUUUAUUCUUAUUCUUAUUGUUAGGCACCUUUUAGUGAGUUAAGCUCUAAAACUGACAAUAAAUUUUCUUUUCUUAAAAAAAA